UGUUCACAGUUAUCGAUAAAUUACACAAUGCGGCUGGUUUUUACGGGUAAUUUUGUUUUUAAACGCCUGCUCCACGCCAAUGUCGGCGCGAACAAUGCAAAACAGCAACCGCGAAACCUCAAGGGCCGCAGCAAGAGCUCCCAGGAGUGGCUCACCCGCCAGCUGGCCGAUCCGUACGUGGAGAAAGCCCGGAUGAUGAACUACCGCUGCCGGAGUGCCUUUAAACUCCUGGAAAUCGACGAUAAAUACGGGAUCCUGCGACCUGGAGACACGGUUCUGGACUGUGGAGCUGCUCCAGGCAGCUGGACCCAGGUGGCGGUGGAGCGGACCAACGCAAAUGGCAAACAAGAAAAAGCGCCACUGGGCGCGGUAUUCAGCAUCGACCUGUUGCACUUCCAUGCUGUGCCCGGAGCCACAAUCUUCGGCGGCAUGGACUUUACCACCUCCAAAGCACAGCAGCGAUUGCGGGAAUCCCUGAACGAGCGAAGGGUCAACUGCGUGCUCUCCGACAUGGCGCCCAAUGCCACGGGCGUGCGGAUGCUGGACCAGGAGAGCAUCACAAACCUCUGUUACGAGGUGCUCCGCUUCGCAUUGGCCAUGUCCGCGCCGCAGGCCCAUUUGGUGGUCAAGGUGUGGGAUAACGGAGACGUACCCAAGCUGGAGCGUGACAUGCUGCGCUUUUAUGAGAAGGUGAAGCGUGUUAAACCGCGCGCCAGCCGUGGUGAUUCUGCGGAGCAUUUCCUAGUGGCCAGGGGAUUUAAAGGCCCUGUAGAUAGUAGUACCUAA